AUGUUGCACAGGUCUAUAUUCACAAGACUCCAGUCAACAGCAGCAAAACCAAUACCUGUGAACUUACAAGCAAUAUAUCAUGACCCUUUGAAAUUACCUAUACUUCAUGGUCAUUUGAAAGCUGACUUACAAUUCAGGUCAUACGAAAUAGAGAACCUUAAACUCUAUACUGAUUUCAUACAAAGAGUGGCCUUCUAUUUGGGCAUACCAAUGACCGGUCCAAAGCCUUUGCCCACAAGAAGAGAAAGGUGGACGGUUAUUAGAUCUCCUUUUGUUCACGCAAAAUCUAAAGAAAAUUUUGAAAGAUCUACACACAAGAGACUGUUAAGAGUCUGGGACACAAAUGACGAUUUAUUGGAAUUCUUCAUAGCUUAUAUUACUAAACAUUCAGUUGCUGGGGUUGGUUUAAAAUGUAAUGUUUAUAAAAGGGAAAAAGUCCAAUUAGAUUGGGAUCAUGAAAAAAUUCCCAAAAUUGAGGAUAAUCAGAACGAUUUAGUCAAUUCUAAAAUAAUAGAGUUGUUGAACGAUCCGAAAUUCAAAUAA